GACUCAUGUCUGUUCCCCAGAGCGCUCAGCUGGGAAUAUGAGGCUUCUGACUCUCUCCGCACCCUCAGUCCCCUCUCUCUUCUCCACCUUCCUGAAGCUGAAGAAGCGCUCUGCGGUUACGUCAGACUCCGGGGCGAAAAGUGCAGAUCAAGCAAAUAACGCGGCUAAGGAGCCGCUCUCAGACUCACUGCUCAGUCCUCUGUCCUCUGUCCUGUCACUAAGACUGAGACUGCUGCUAAUAGCACUCCUGUAAGUCAGGACUACCUCUAUCUCUCUUUUUCUCCUGCGCGCUUUGGGAACGUGUGUGACUUGAUACGCGACCGGGGACAUUCUCCUUCUCCAUCCUCCAGCUUUAUUUUCUCUGAUCUUUGCGAUUCCACGAUGAGGCGUGGGAGGAUUUCCCCACGACUCCACGACUGAUUCGGUUUGUUUAACCGCCAGGGAGAGACCGACAUGCCGCACGCGCGAGCCAGGAACCCGAGCCCCAUCCCGGAGGUGACAUGGGACACAGGGCACAAGGAGAUGAACGAGACGUGGAAGGGGGCAGUGGCGUGUCUCGGGGUGGCCGUGUUCUUCGUGAUGACCAUUGGCAUCAUUUACUGGCAGGUGGUGGAUCAGCCCAACAAGAACUGGAUCCUAAAGGGCAGCUUCAGCGGGCUGGUGUGGGAGCGCAGGGCGCAGUCGCUCGUGGUGCAGACACUAACUGAGGACAAGACCUUCGUGCAGAUCGACCUGGGACACGCGGGCGGCUCCGAGCCUGAUGUGCCGUUCGUGCGCAACCUGUGCUGGCUUAACAAGACCGAGUUCUGCUACACAUGGGACUCCGUGGCCGACGUGAGGAUUUCUCUGGAUGCCGGUGACGAGGCCGGGACCGAAUGCUACACCGUUACCUGGACCCCGGUGCACUGUCACGUGGGGCUCAAGGACUGCUUUUCCAUGGAUAAUGUAUCUUGGUACGGUGGGGCGAGUGUCCAAGCACCACGGUGGCCAAUAAAUGAUGUGGACGUUUCAAUGCAGCCCUUCACUGUCAGUGACCUGAGGGACAACCCCUUUGGCUUUGGUUCAGUGCUAGAGCGCUACUUCCUGGGCUCAUCAGGUGUGGCAGUACUGGUGGCCCCUCACAUCCCUCUGCACGUAGGAGUAGAAAGCAGGCAGCAGUUCUGUCUUCAGACAACUCCCAGUAUGGCUCGACUUCCACUUCAGUACACUGUCUGCGUGGGAGAGAAUGUCAAAGCCGUUUACCAAGAUUCGAUACAGCAGCUCUCCAUGUCCAACCGAGUACUGCCCAGCAUGAAUGUCUUACAGCUGCCUUUCUGGAAACUUCCAGCAAGUGUGGACUUAGAGGCGAAGAUUGAAAGGGAGCUGAGAACCUUUUCUAACCGGCUAAAGAGGCACCACCUAGGGGAAGGGGUCAUCAGCCUGGAUGAACAUUCCACAUCUCUCUUGUCCAACAUGGACCAUGAGUACCACAAUGGCAGGGGAAGGAAGUCCAAGAGACAGAGCUGGGACCGCCCUUUUGUCAAGCUUCUGAACAUUUCCGUAACCCUGUCCCCAUAUUUAAGCGUGGAUUCAGUUCAGUUUCAGACAUCCAUUCAAGACAGAAUGCAGGAUUACUGGCUCAGCCUUCCCACUGGUCCACAGGCUCAACUGGUUCCAAUAUUAACUCAGUGGAGAGGAAAGUACUGUGUCAAGUUGAAUAUUACAAAUCCAGAAGCCACUAACUGGUUCUUGGAAAGAGUGAGCAGCCUGCACACUCGCUUGGGCAUGGAGUAUGUGAUGCUAGAGGGUGGGGAGGGAAACCCAUUUGAAGAAAAGAAUAUACGACGUUCUACUGUCCUCAUAGGAGAUGAAUACAUCCGGCUCCUGGCAGACCUCGCUGGGAAUAUAGGAGGCAAUACUGUUGUUAGCGCAGGGACAAGGUCCAACCAUAAGCCUUUGUUCAUCCGUAUGAAUGCCCUGCAGUCUGACUGGAGUUAUUCUGGCCUCAAGGGUAUCAUUCCAUCCCUGCUGCAUUACAGCCUGCUGGGUUAUAAUUUCUUCAUUCCCGAUGCAGUAGGAGGCUCAUUAUCCAGUGAACUGGUCACAGACGAUGAACUCUUCAUUCGCUGGUUAGAGAUUGUGGCCUUUCUUCCUGUGCUCAGUUUUCAGACACCCCCAUGGUCGUUUGGGGUAGACAAGGUCCUUAACCAAACUAGAAUCUACAUCACUAAGCACCAGGAUUUUGUAGUGCCUCUAAUAGAGAAAUAUGCACUGGAGUGGCAAGCCAAUGGAAACCCCAUAUAUCGCCCACUGUGGUGGAUCAGUCCUAAUGAUCCUGCCACAUUCACUAUUGAUGAUGAAUUUCUCAUUGGCGAUGAGGUACUUGUUGCUCCAGUAACAGAAAAAGGCGCUUUGCAGAGAGAUAUUUAUUUGCCACGGAGCAACUUUCAGUGGCAAGACACCAACAAUGCUAAAGUGUUUGAUGGCGGGACGCUUCUACAAAGUUACCACGUUGGGCUUGAGGAGGUGCCUGUUUUCAUCCGAAAGAUCUCCUGAGGCCAGCUACCUGACUAUCCCAAGGCUAUUUUUCUUUUACUUUUAUUUUUCAAUUUGUGCCGAUCUCAAGUUGCACUUUCCACAAAGACCAUUUUCUGUGUUCUAAGGCACAGUCUUGAGAUGUACAAGAUCACUUUCUAUUUGCACUUUACAAAUGAAAGUUAUUUAUAUUAUCUGUAAAAAUUUUGAAAUCAUGUGGUUUCAUUUAUCCGCUCGAUUUAUUUGUGGUAACACAAUGUUUUAUACGUAAAAAAAACUUUCUUCUUAGAACUGUGGUUUACAUAUGAUAAAUACUCACAGCCUUAAAAGAUGAUCUGCUUCCACUGGACAUAACAUGGAGUAGAGCGUCGAGCACUUAAUUCACUUAAAGCAAUCUUUUUUUCUCUGAAGAAGACCAAACCAUCAGUAAAAAUUACUUCUUGCUAAGGAAUGAACUGUAAAAAAGGAACUUCGCUCUGACACCGGAGGGGACACAUCGCUGAACGUCUCUUAAUUUCACUGAGCAGGCUAUUCACACAGACAUUGCUGGGUUUUUUGCUAUUCUACCUGUACCUCAAGUUUAUUCUUAUCUCUGUUUAAUGUGAAAAACUUCCAACCAGCAUCACAAGGAGGUUCAUGCACAGAGCAACUAUCUGCAGGGCAACGGUUUGACCCAUUGUGAGCAAAGUGCUAAGAAAUGGUGAUCACUUUCUAUGCAAUGAAAUGGUCCAUCAUUAUUUUAUCUACAGCUGCAAGUCUUAUCAUAGAUUGCUGCUGAAAUCACAUUAUGUUCUGAAUGAUUCUCAUAUGCAUUUUAUUAUCCAUUAACUUUACAGUAUAGUACACAUGUCAGAUCAAUACAUUUUCUCAAUUUAUUUUAAAGUGACUUUUAAAAGAAUAUCAAAGAAAUAAAUAUCAAAGGAAUAUCAAAGAAAGAGAAAAUCAAAGAAAGAAAUAGAAUCUACAUUACUUUCUAAUUUACUAAACUAACAGAUACUACAAAGUUUUUUUGUUUUGUUUUGUUUUACAUUAUAACAGAAAUUUUUGUCAGGAAUCAACUUACAAACUUAAUAUAAUGAAAUGUAAGAUUUGAAACUUUCACUAUCCCAUAGUAACACCUGGGAACACAAGACUCUUUAUAGUGCGAAACGACUAGUGCAUUACAGGUGCUGUGUCUCCUCAAUACUCCAUAAGGGUGUUAUCAGCACACAAAUGUAAGAGUUUAUGUAACAUGAAUCUUGGUCGAAUGAUGUUCCAGUACAGAGAGUACUUGAUCAGCAUGGCAUAUAGCCUUCUGCAACCUUAAUUAAUCUUGAUAGAGUAGUCAAUGUUUACUGUAUCUCCAGAGCUCGCUGGGCAAAGAUAUCAAAUGCAGUUAAUGAAUGUCUUAUUGAGGCUCUGAUUUGAAAUGUCUUAAUCUCUUUUUUCUUAUAUAAACACAUAGUUUUCAAACAAGACAAACUGUGAUUUUUUUUUUAUUUCAAAUCUGUAUUCAAGGAACCUUUGUUCUCUUUAUAUACUGUAUAUAGUAGGUUUUACUAAUGUCUGUCUAGUAGUUGCUUUCAUGUUUGCUAAAUCAUUUUUGACUCAACAAAACAAAUCAACUUUUUAACAGAUA